AUGGCAGCCCUUCAAAAGAAUAAGAAGACUUUUGAUGAACAAUUUCCCCGCGAUGAGAUCAAAAAGAAGAUCAAAGAAUUCAUCAUGGAGUAUUUUAAACACGACGACAACGGUGAUAAGGUUUUCAAAUACCGGGAUCAAGUUUUCCGCAUUUUUGAGCGCGAGGAAGUCACUCUCUUUGUCGAUUUGGAUGACUUGCAAGAACUCUAUCCAGAAAUUGUUGAAGCACUUCAGCAGAAUACUGUCCGUCUUCGUGAAAUGUUUUGUGAAGCAUUGGACGAACUUCGAUCUGAAUAUUUGGGAAAUCGAGAGCCGCCGGUUCGUGAUGCACUUGAUGCUUUCAUCUAUCAACGCGUGCAAAUGGACCGCUCCCAUGCAACCGAACAAGCUGACCGAGGUGAUGCCGCUAGAGCUCAUCGAUAUCCACCACAACUGAUGCGCCGAUUUGAGAUUUCCUUCCGUCCCUUUUCUGAUGCGAAAGCCCUGUCUGUUCGUCAACUAAAAGCAGAUCAAGUAGGCCAUCUCGUUUGCGUGGAAGGUAUCGUUAUUCGAGCGACAGAAGUGAAACCAAAGGCAGAAGUGAUUACCUACACAUGCGACACCUGUUCGGCUGAAGUUUAUCAUGCGGUGAGCGGGCCACAAUAUAUGCCUCAAGUGAAUUGUAUUAGCAAAGAAUGUACAGAGGGUCGCGGUAAUGGUCGACUUCACAUGCAAGUUCGCGGGUCGAAAUUUAUGAAAUAUCAAGAGCUGAAGAUACAAGAAUUGAGUCAUCAAGUCCCAAUUGGCUCGAUUCCGCGCUUAUUGACUGUUCAAGUUGUGGGAGAGAUGACGCGAGGAUGUCAGCCUGGAGAUCACGUCAAAAUUGCAGGAGUUUUUCUUCCUGUAAUGCAAAAAGGUCCACACGCUCCAGGUACAGGAACAUUGGUUCACGACACCUAUCUGGAGGCUUAUUUUGUCGAUCCAGUCAAUCGAGAAGACUUGAAAGCUAUCGAUCUUGAAGGGGACAUUUCUGAGGAAGAAAUGAGACGUUUGGGAGAUAGCUCAUUCUACAAUUUGGCUGCUUAUUCGAUUGCUCCCGAUAUCUAUGGUCAUUUGGACGUGAAGAAGUCAUUGUUGCUUGCUUUGGUUGGUGGAUGCGACACGAACGCUGAAGGGAUGAAAAUCCGAGGAGCCUUGAACGUUCUCCUAAUGGGAGACCCUGGUCUCGCUAAAUCGCAACUCCUUGGUUAUGUGGACAGACUGGCCGUUCGUUCUCAAUACACAACUGGGCGCGGAUCAUCGGGUGUUGGUCUUACGGCAGCUGUAAUGAAAGAUCCAAUGACUGGAGAAAUGAUGCUAGAAGGGGGAGCUUUGGUGCUUGCCGAUAAUGGAAUCUGUUGCAUUGACGAGUUUGACAAAAUGCUAGACGGCGAUCGCACGGCGAUUCACGAGGUGAUGGAACAGCAAACGAUCUCGAUUGCGAAAGCCGGAAUUAUGACUACCCUCAAUGCAAGGGUUUCCAUCAUAGCGGCUGCAAAUCCGGCUUAUGGACGAUACAAUCCUCGUCGCACGAUUGAACAAAAUAUCAAUCUCCCAGCAGCUCUUCUUUCAAGAUUUGAUAUGCUGUGGGUGAUGCGUGAUAUGCCAAGUCGUGAAUCGGAUCUCCAGGUUGCUAAACAUAUCACUUAUGUCCAUUUCAAAGGAGCCCCACCCCCACGAAAGGGUUUGGAACCUUUCAGUAUGGAUACGCUCAGAAAGUACAUCGCUGCUUGUAAAGCAAAGAACCCGGUGAUGGAACGAGAAUUGACGGACCGCCUGAUUGAACUCUAUGUGGAUUUGCGCAAAGAGUCACGCGAAAGCGAUGACUCCACAUUCACUUCACCCAGGAUUCUUCUUUCCGUCAUUAGGAUGGCGACGGCUUGCGCUCGUGUACAUUUGCGAGAUCGUGUCACGGAGUCGGACCUUGAUGAAGCGAUUCGUUUGAUGACUGCCAGCAAGGACAGUAUGAGAACGGAGCAAACUCAACAUAUUCAUCGCGGAACUCCAGUCGAUCAAGCAUUCUCGAUUCUUCGCGAACUUUCAGCGGCUAAUAAACACGAGCCCGUUUCACUGGACCAACUUGCUAUUAAAUGUGCUCGAAAGGGUAUCUCGGAAGAAAUCUUGAAAGAAUGUCUCGAUUUCUACACAACGGGCGGGUUGAUCAUGAUGGAUCGUACAAACAAGAUUCACUUUGUUAUGAAU